AUGGAAGACAUGAUGAGCGACUCGGCAUUCAAAACGCAGAACUGGCUCGCUGCGCAUCGCUCUCAGAUCCGGCAGACCUUUGGCUACCACUUCGAUGAAGUGUGUACGCACGAUAGCCCGUUGAAGGGAUUGGCAUAUCACGCUCUAGAUCUGCUAUACCUCUUUCUCAAUUUCGAUGAGAAUCUCACCCCAGCGCAGCGUGCGCUUUCUCGGAAAAUAGCAAAUUAUUGGAUUGAUUUUUCCUAUGGCAAGGACCCAUGGCCCCGCAUUAGCGAGAGUUCGACGUGGAUGAGGUUUGGGCCUGAUGAGGAAUGCAGAGUUGUGACGGAGAGCGAGGACGAGGCAGUCCGGAAGUACUCGAGAAUGCAGAAGAUUCUCGACUUGGGCGUUUAUCAGGAAUUCUUCCUUAUCAUUGAUGAUAUUGGUGUGAAAAGGAAAAGGAUGGGGACUUUUGAAUGGAAACCCCCGAAACCGUGA